GCUCCAAACGCGUCUUGCUUCACGAUUCCAUACGCUCCUACCUCUCCACCCAAAAAAGCUUGUUCUUUCCGUCUGUUCGCCGUUGGAAGCCUCAUUCCGUCCUGGUCUGUUUCAUUGCAUUCCUCUUUCAACACGGACACCCUGGCCUUUGGUGUUACCCAUCCCUCGCUGCAUCACUACCGAGCUUACCCAAGAGCCAUUCUUCCAACACCAACGCCUCCUCCUUCGAGCCCUCUCACUUGAAUUCACUCAUACUCGUGCGCCGCCGGGGAACUUAUAGCGCAAAGUCGAACGAUGGUACACAGAAUAGCCUAGGCAAGCAGGCACAAUGAGCGGAACCGGGGACUGGAGCUAUGGAACGGUGUUCAAGAUCUUUGUUUGGGGCUACCUGAUAGGAGGGCUGACGCUGUUGCCGGCCGUCGGCGCAUUCAUCUGGUUUUGGGCGACUACACCAGUUGACAAAGUACGUCUCGAUGCGCUUCAGGCGGCCAAUGUCAGCGAAUCAUCCGGGCGGCGCAGGCAUUCUAGCGGGUCGACGAAAGAGCUUGACGAAGACAGCCAUAGCUUGGGGAUAGGGUUGGAUAGUGAGAUACUGGAGAAACUGAAGAGAAGGACGCAUGUGCCAGAUGUCUUUGCUGGUUACUUUGCAGUUUGUCGCGAGUACGUUCCGGGUGGUAUCAACGGGAAGCCUCCGGAUCGCACGACACCCGCUGGAGCUGUGAUAUCUAUGGAGAGUCCCAGCGUGUAUCAGUCCAUGUACAGGAGUAUCUUCGACCGGAACAAGACUUUGAGCCCCACAAUAGAAGCAUCGAACGCGAGGAGCAAGAGGGCCAGGAACGUCUUUUACGUCGUUCUGAGGCUCGGACAUCUCAUGCUCUACGACAACGAAGACCAGCUAGAAGUUCGUCAUGUCAUAUCGCUUACACACUACAAGGUCGACUUGUACUCGGGCGGGGAACCAAUCCCUGAGGGCGAGUUGUGGAUCAAACGGAAUUGUAUUCGUUUGUCCCAGAAGCUCGAUGACGACGUGACCGCUGAAUCCAAGUCAUUUUACCUCUUUUCCGACAGCUGCUCCGAGAAAGAAGACUUUUAUCAUGCUAUGUUACAAGCGCAAGAACACAACAAAGACCAGACCCCUGGCAGCCCAUUACCCGCUCCACUCAAAUUCGAGACCCCAGACUUGGUCAAACUGGUCCAACAACUACACGCCUCGGAAGAGAAUCUGCAUACACGAUGGAUAAACGCGCUGGUUGGCAGAAUAUUCCUCGCCAUGUACAAGACGGAUCAAAUCAAGGCGUACAUUGCCUCAAAGAUCAACAAAAAGAUUGCUCGAGUACCGAAGCCUGCGCUCAUCAGUAACAUCCAAUUGCGGAAGGUUGAUAUGGGGACCCUGCCACCGUUCAUGACCAAUCCAAAGCUCAAAGAGCUUACUGUCGACGGCGAUCUGAUCGUUGAAGCCGACAUCAGCUACAAGGGCAACUUCCGAAUCGAGAUCUCUGCUACUGCACGGAUAGAUUUGGGCUCGCGUUUCAAGGCACGGGAGGUCACACUUGUUCUUGCGGGGAUAUUGAAGAGACUCGACGGGCACAUACUCCUGAGAAUCAAACCGCCGCCUAGUAACAGGCUUUGGAUGACCUUUGAGGUACCACCGCGCAUGGAGCUUUCUCUCGAGCCGAUUGUUAGUUCGCGGCAGAUUACAUGGGGCGUCAUACUCAGGGCUAUGGAGAGUCGGAUUCGAGAGGUCGUCAACGAGACACUGGUUCUACCAAACUGGGAUGAUACGCCAUUCACGGAUACAAUUGCGCAGAUGUUCAGAGGUGGGAUCUGGGAAGAUAGCCAAGGCAAAGAGGAGGAGCUACCGAAAGUCCCAGAGGAGGUACCAGGGUUGGAUGCUACCACUAUGGAUGUUGAAAAAGCUGACGACAAAUCGGACGCUAACAGCUUCACAUUGUCCAUACCCUCUAGCAUCGAGACUGGAGAACCAGGCGUUGGCAUUUCUUCGUCCACAGACUACAAAUCUCCAGCCGCGAGGCCUCGAGGAACAAGAUCAACCUCGUCGGUGCAUGUAGACUCAGCAAAUGCGUCAGCUGAGACUUUCCAUGAUCGUAGCAGCGCAACGCCGACAAGCACAAGAUCCGUGCCACCACCAUCACCCAGUAGAUCAUCGAUGCGAUCCGUAAUGGCAGAGUCCGUGACAGACUCUCCCAGCACAUCCACAGAAGACGUCUCCACCCCAUCCCUCCCAACAGACAGCGCAGACGCUACCGACACCCCCAGCACCAGCACCCGCCACGCCCGAUCAAACUCCAAACAAGACCUCUCCGAGGAGCAAAUCGCCGCAGCCGCCGCUGCAGCUGCAGGCGCACACAUGAACAAGCGGCCCACGCUGAACCAGUCCUUCAACGUCGCCACAGCCGCCGCGCGAAACUGGCUCGCAUCAAAACAACAGCAAACCGCACAAGCCCAACGCCCCGCAAACACCCCAGACCCAGACGCCGAAGUCCAACCAGACGCGCACCACCAACCCCCCCUAGCAAAAUCCCACACCACCCCCAUGGGCCGCGGCCAGCCCCUCCCCCCACCAGGCACCCCUCUGCCCCUCCCCCCCGGCAAGCGCCCAACCUGGAACGUACCGCUCCCCAAACCCUCCGCGUUCGCAAACCUCGCGAAGCGCAAACCUGUCUCGGGCUUGGGGGAUCCGCAUCCGCAUUCCCCGCUGCCCACGGGAGGAGAGUGUGCGGAGGCGCAAGUCGUCGGCGGCGAGUGCGGGGGAGGCGCCGCCGCCGCUGCCGAAGAGGAGGUAUAG